AUGACCCCAUCUACGCCAUCCUACGGGCCACUGAACGCAGCACAGCACCCCCUGCAGCAGAUGAAGAAGACCCUGUCCAGCUGUGGAACACUCCGGCUCACACCCCAGAACCCAGCCAGCAGAGAUCGGACCUCAAGAACUCUAAAGACUUUGGGACUAACGUAAGAACACAAAGGGGAAAAAGUUUUUUUGCUUUCUUUCUCUUCUACUGCUUUAAGUGGGGACGGGGAGGGGGACGGGAUGGACCUGGGGCCCUGGUGGUCUUCCCUCCCCCCCUCCCUCUCAGGGGGGGGGGACGGCGGACCACGACGGCCUCAGAUUGGGAGAAGAAAUGUGCCACGAAGGCUACGCACAAUGCGGCCUAUACCGAUGGGCCAGCACGAGGGGACGGGCAUAGUGGGACAUAG